UGCGUUUCCACAACUUCCAAGAGCGUAAACUCCUUCCCGCAAAUUACCCGUGCGAUCCCCGACGAACUGCUCCUCGGAGUAGAAUUUCCCGGCAAUUUUCUGGUUCCGCACUUGAACUCUCUAGGCUUUGAGAAAUGGAUCCAGGGAGGCCGGCUUUUACCGUCGAUCUUCUGGAAAGGUAUGCGGCCAAAGGGAGGGGAGUUAUCAGCUGCAUGUCUGCUGGGAAUGAUGUCAUUUUGUUAGGCACCAGCAAAGGUUGGGUCACCCGCUAUGACUUUGGAAUGGGAGAUUCGAUCGACUAUGAUCUUUCUGUGGGUCGGCCUGGAGAACAAUCCAUCCACAGAAUAUUUGUUGAUCCAGGAGGUAGUCAUUGUAUCACGACAAUUGUUGGUGCUGCUGGUGCCGAUACUUUUUACAUGCACGCAAAGUGGUCUAAACCUCGAAUUUUACCCAGAUUGAAAGGUCUUGUUGUAAAUACUGUUGCCUGGAAUAGGCAACAUAUUACUGAAGCUUCUACAAAGGAGGUCAUUCUUGGUACUGACAAUGGACAACUAUUUGAACUUGCGGUGGAUGAGAAGGAAAAAAAGGAAAAGUAUGUAAAGUUUCUUUUCGAAUUAGCAGAGCUUCCAGAAGCUUUUAUGGAUUUACAGUUCGGUUUUGAGUUCAUGGAAUAA